AACUCAAACGGGACUCAUCAUCUCUCAAAAUCCUUUAAAUUUUCAAGAUAAACAAAUAAACGAGAGAGGAAAAAAUGGCUACUAAAAUGGUCGGGGCUGCUAUGAAUCCAGUGAAGACAGAAGCGUCUAGUUUGGUUGGGAAGCUUGAGAUAGAUGUUGACAUCAGAGCUUCGGCUGGGCAGUUCCAUCACAUGUUUGCCGGGAGACCACACCAUGUCUCCAAAGCAUCUCCAGGCAAAAUUCAGCGUUGUGAGCUGCACGAAGGCGACUGGGGCAAAGUCGGCUCUAUUGUCUUCUGGAAUUAUGUUCAUGAUGGGGAGGCAAAAGUGGCGAAAGAGAGGAUCGAGGCAGUGGAGCCGGAGAAAAACCUGAUCACUUUUAGGGUGAUAGAUGGAGAUUUAUUAAAGGAGUAUAAGAGCUUUGUGAUCACUAUCCAAGUGACCCCUAAGCAAGGUGGACGUGGUAGUGUGGUGCACUGGCAUGUCGAGUAUGAGAAAAUUGACGACAAAGUGGCUCACCCUGAGACCUUCCUUGAAUUUUGUGUCCAUGUCUCCAAAGAGAUCGAUGAACAUCUCCUGAACGAGGAAUAGAUAUAGUACUCUUUAAGAUUCUGAUGUCCAUCCUAGCUAUGUGCAUACAUAUAAAUAUGUCUGCUAUGAAGCAUGCAUGUUUUAGUCUAUGAUGCAAUAAAUAAGGAGCCUUGAUAAUAUGUGUGAUAUAUGAAAGUAGUAUAUAUACUAUAAAAUGUGUGUAUGUAUGUUUAAUAUUAUUUUCAAAAUAAAAGCUUGUGAUCAGUGAUAUAUGUUUGUGGAUAAAAUCAUGAUUCGUCCC